CAUUGAAAACAAACUGGUUUCCGGUCAAAUUGAGUCACGCAGUCCAAAACAAACUAGUUGGCGAUCACAUGUCAAUUUAGCCUGAUAAAGAUUGGUAUUCAAGGUUUUCGUCUCGUGUAGGCAGAGUUGAAACUACCGAUGUACACCCAAUAUCCUGAGUUUCACAACAGCUGUAGAAAUGGAGGAAACCACGUUUAUUUACAAUUUUAUUCCGAGUCGAACGGUGGAUGAAGUGAUCGACUUGAUGCGAUCUAGUUUUACACCUGAACAUAUGUCAACAGAGGAAGUCGUGGCUUUACUUCUGUCCAUCUCUGAAGUGCCGUUGGCUCGUUGUAUGGGUUCUCUGCAAAAAACGUUACUGGCGGAGAUAACCAAGCUGUCAAAGUCAGGUCGCCGACGUUAUUCUUACGGUGAAAGGUCCAGUACCGAGAACGGAGAGAGCAGAGUAGUUCAGUUAGCUGCAGAAGAAAAUGAAUAUGUCAGUUACGACAACGAUGGCACAGACACAGGUCACAUGUAGACCACAGCGAUACCAAAGCAGACCCAGAUCCACCAUACUGAGGCAGUGGAUCAAGCCUCCACCACACAUGCAGUCUGUUCAGGACAGCAGGAUGAUGCUGAUGCACCUACUGUCCACACGGGAGAGAAGCCUUACUCCUGCUCCGACUGCAACAAGACCUUCCACAGACAGGAAUCUGACAAACUACUACACCAAGGGGGGUGGGGCUCCGCCUGCCCGCGCACCUUCUUCCGUUCCGACGGAUGCAAGCACACGGGAGAGCAGCCGUUUCCGUGCCCGUACUGUGAGAAGACGUUUGCGACCGCCGGUAUGAUGAAGGCGCACGCCCUGGGCCACCUGAGUGAGCAACCUCGCCCGUGUCCCCACGGGGGGAGCUUCAGAACAGUGUAUGAUCCGAGUCAUCAGCUGGUGACAAGGCCCUUCCUGUGUGUGAAGUGUCUCAAGGCCUUCAGGACAGCAAGGAUUCUGCAUAACCACAAGGUCCACCACAUGGAGGACCGUGACCACACCUUUGAGGACUGCAACAAGACACCCCAUCACCUGAAGCUCCACUCAGAGGAUACGCCCUACGUCUAUCCCGACCGCGGCAAGGGAUUCCUCCAGCCCGACCGCCUCACCCUCCAUCGCCGUACCCACGUUACAGAGCCCAAGUCCAGGAAGACGCGCCACAAGUGUUCCAUGUCUCCGUGGUGAACGCCCGCAGGCACACCUCACUGUUCACCUUAAUGUUGAGCACGGCGUCGAACCGUCCACCCACCCCACCCCGGGGUCAAGGUCAAAGUUUAACUGUCAUCUGGAUUGGAGGCAAAGACUAGGACAGGCCAAACCGCCUUCGUUCAGCUGACCUGUGUCGGGUUAGUUUUACAGGUCUGAACCAACUGGAUAACCACAGCUGUGACACGGAGAAACGGAGUCAGAGACACAGACAGUUCCAGCAGAAAAGGAGGAUCACAAUGAAGAAGUCAGAGCAGAGUUUGGUGUUGAAAGAAGAAAACGUGUUCCCGUCUUAUAAACUACGUGUCAGUGUCUAGUAGUACACGUCAGACACCAGCUUGUGUCAGGGAGUGUUGUAGCAGGGAAAACAGGUAUAGGACCAGUUGUUAAACCACAGCUUGUGACCGGGCCGGGGAGUGCUGUAUCAUAGGACCAGUUGUUAGACUGCAGCUUGUCAGGGCCAGGGAGUGCUGUAGCAGCAAGAACAGGUCUAGGAACUGUUGUUAGAAUGCAGUGUGUCAGCAGGAAGAACAAGUCCCAGGUCUGUUUUUAUGAUUGUAGCCAACCAGGGAGUGGGACAGCCUCUGACCUUGUUCCAAGUACCUGUAGUGAGGUUCACAACUCCUGGUAGAGUCACAGCACCAUCUACAGGCCAAACAGUGAAACAACAUCCUCUGUGACUAGUUUACAUGGCUGUGGUAUCAUCCACAGCAACACCCAUAGCACCAGUAUAGUAUCCAAACCCAUAGUAACACUAGUAAAUCCCUGACAAGUCUCACCUGUAGCAGCUAAACACAUAGUAGCAGCACCAGUCACCUCAGCAAUGACAUCACAACUAUGACAUCACCAGUAACUCCCAGGUGAAGACCAAACAGAAGCAAAUGGUUUUUUGUUAAAUAAAUUAUAUAUAAAACAGGGACGAACCCUUUUAGUUGCAAAAUGUUUUUCUACAGCGUUUAACGAAUGA